UUAACUGCCUUGCCUUUAUGAUUAUGAAAGACUUUUAGCAAUCUUAUUAUUUCAUCAAUAUUUUAAAUAUUAUUAUUAUUAUUUUGUUAGGUACUACUUAGUUCAUGAAAGCAAAUUACAAGUACUACAAAACUAGAAAUUUCUAUUUCUUUUUUUCGAGUUUAAAAGUUCCUGUCGAUAUAUUUUUCUAAGGGGAGUAUGACCAUGGCAGGAAUCGCAAAAAUCUCUAUAACAGAACAAACCAAACGCGAAGUUGAAGAAAUUGAAAAAAAAAUGGAAGAAAUUUGUUCCAAUCGUCCUGCUAAUUUUCAAUGGUCUCUAAGCGAUUUUGAAAUAGGAACACCUUUAAGUCGAGGAAAAUUUGGCCGUGUUUAUCUUGCACGUGAAAAAAAUACUAAGUACAUGGUCGCUUUGAAAAUGAUGUUUAAAUCAGAACUAGUUAAAGACCAUAUGGAACACCAAGUCAGACGCGAGAUUGAAAUUCAAACUCAUUUAAACCAUCCCAACAUUCUCAAAAUGCUAACGUAUUUUUGGGAUGAAAAAAAGAUUUUCUUAAUUCUGGAGUUUGCUCAGGAAGGUGAACUGUUUAAGGUGUUGCAAGCACAACCGAACAAGCGAUUUGAUGAACCAAGAGCAGCAUACUAUUUACGUCAAGUUGCUGACGCAUUAAAAUACUGUCAUUUACAAAGUGUCAUCCAUAGGGAUAUCAAACCUGAAAAUCUAUUGUUGUUCAGCCAUCAUGUAGUAAAGCUGGCAGAUUUUGGAUGGUCUGUCCACGCUCCGUCCAAGAGUCGUAAUACCAUGUGCGGUACCAUUGACUAUUUACCUCCAGAAAUGGUAGACUCGGAAACGUAUAAUGAAUACGUAGACAAUUGGUGUUUAGGAGUAUUAUGUUAUGAGUUUUUAUGUGGAUGCCCCCCUUUUGAGAGUAAAGAACAGGCUGAAACAUUUAGAAAAAUUCGUGCCGUAUCGUACGGUUUUAAACCUCAUAUGAGUGAGAUUUCCAGAAAGCUCAUUUCAAAACUUUUAGUCAAAAUACCGAAUAAUCGAUUAUCUCUUGAUAGUUUCAUGAAGCAUCCUUGGAUAUUGGACAACUGUGAAACGUUCAUUACGACAACCCAUACAACAGUAUAACUAAAAUAUUGAUGUCAAAACUAAAAAAUAUUGUCUUUAAAAAUGUACUUGUUAUUUAUUGGAUUUUUAUUAAGUAUUAUGUGUUAUGUAUAUGGGCUAGAAAUGUAGUUUUACAAUAUUUUUUUAAUGAUUAUUCAAUGUGAUUUUAUAUAAACAUUUUGUACACACUUAUUUAAAAAUAUUUUUUAUGCUAUACUUAUAUUUUAAAA